CCGCUAAUAUCGGACAGUUGAAAAAAGCCCUAAAAGAGCAAGUGGACUUGGCUCAGUUAAUUAAUGAACUAUCCGUGGGCGAGACAAACAUGAGCCGAAAAAACGACCCAAAAACAGUCGAAUCAGUUACUGACCCGAACUACGGCUCUUUCGGCGCCCCGCCAGGAACGAACCCAACCGACACUUUUUCUAAGGAAGAAAUGUUGGAAAAAAUUAGCAGCGAUGCGGCUAUCGCGACUUAUAUUGAAGUCAUGAAGCCUUGA